CUCGGCGGGCGCCAUGUUGGUUUGAGGGGAAGAUGACAGGGGGCGGCUGCGGGCGAGGAUCGCGCUGAGGCCCCGGCACCUGCGGCUCGCGGCGGGGCGAGGGAGCGCGGCCAGCGCGGCUCUUGGGGGAGGGGGCGCCGCGGAGGCAGCUCCGGGAGCCGCCGGAGGAAGAGGCGGGGGAGGGAGGCAGGGCCGAGGCGGCGGCGGCGAUGCGAGCAGCGAGCUGAGGGUGCUGGAGGCGGCCGCCGUUGGACGCCCCCCGGCCCCUGCCGCGCCGCGGUGCCGGAGCGCCGCGGGGGAGGGCGUUCGCCUCCUUCCUGCCCUCGCGCCGCCGCCCCUCCUGGGCAGGGGCAGCGCCAGACCCUGUUGAAUGUCGCACGCCUCUUAGCGGCGUCCGACAGCCGCCGCCGUCCCCAGCGGCCCCGGCCCGGUCGCCCCGCGCAGCAGCUCGAUCCGCCGGGCAGCGCGGUGCCGCCCGCCCGGGUCGCCCGUUGUUAAUGAGGAGGUGACUCGGCCGCACCAUUACCCCGUGAAUCAUCCCGGCGUUGUUUGUCGAGGUCGGGAAGGAAGGAAGGAAGGAAGAGGGAGAGGGGGGGAAAAAAAAAGCCCGCACCCGGUCCAUGUCACUCCGUAGUCUCGCCUGGUCUACCUGGCACCGCUGGUGCUGCUGCUGCUGCUGACAAGGAUCUGCUGCCAUCUCUGGUCUCCUGGUGGUUCCCCGAAACAGCCUGCACACCGGCUUCGCUUGGAUAUUUUUGCCCUCAGCAACCAACAGCCUUCCCCACUGCAUAUCAGGCACUCUUAUUAAUAAGAGACGUGGAUCUCGCUGCCUCCAAAGUGCACGCCGAUUUUUGUUCUGGAAGAUCUGUGGGUAGUGCUUGGUGCUCGCCCCCUCCUUUUUUUUUUUUUUUUUUUAAGUUGUUCUAAACCAUUAGGGUAACGUCAAGAUGUCCAGCAGUGUUCCAGCUGAUAUGAUAAAUUUGCGCCUCAUCUUGGUAAGCGGGAAAACAAAAGAGUUCUUAUUUUCACCAAAUGACUCUGCUGCAGAUAUUGCAAAACAUGUGUAUGACAACUGGCCAAUGGAUUGGGAAGAGGAGCAGGUCAGCAGUCCAAAUAUCUUACGGCUUAUUUAUCAAGGGAGGUUUCUUCAUGGCAAUGUCACACUAGGAGCAUUAAAACUCCCUUUCGGUAAAACAACAGUGAUGCAUUUGGUGGCUAGAGAGACAUUGCCAGAGCCAAACUCUCAAGGUCAAAGGAACCGUGAAAAAACUGGAGAAAGCAAUUGCUGUGUAAUCCUGUAAGCUCUGUUAGCUUUACCUGCUAAGUGUGAUGUAAUAUAGUCUGUCUUUCAUGCUGCUGGGAUAGAAGAGGCCCUACCUUGCUUCAGACACCUGUAGGAAGAGCCUGUCUGUAAAUCCAUGGAACUGAAAUAUUACACGAACACUGUCACAUCAGUCUUUUUUCUUAAAAAAAAAAAAAAAAAAAAAAAAAAAAGAAAGAAAGAUCUAUGAACACUUUCAUUGGUUUUUUUGUUUUUUUUUUCCCAAUUCCUGCUUCUUGUUUGUUGAAUAAUCUUACAGUACAUUGGUUCUUGAAUGAAUUCAAACUCCAGGAAAAGUUAAUGCAUUCUUUUCCAUAGCAGGAAUCAUUUUACUUCAACAAAAAUCUCCAUUAAUGGGGUAUAACCAGUCAAGCUUUCUAGAUGCAAUUUGCACUAAAUGUGGUUGACAGUAUGUUUCUCAUCAACAAUCUCUAACAAUAUUUCAGACACCUAGUAAUAACCUACAAUGUAUAAUGCAACACUGGAAAAUGGUAUGUCUGUAAUUAAAACAAAAUCUUUUGGCCAAAUAAAAGGAAAAACUGUUAAGUCAAUUCUACCUAAGUCAACCUUGGUAGCCGAACUGGCACAGAAUACUAACUAAACCAAGUCUAACUGUAUGUAUUUUAACUGCAACAAACAAAAAACUAUGUGCCUGUAAUUUAAAAGCACUCUGUAGAGGGCUGAUGAAACCGAUCUUUUUUCGUUACUGCGUGCACUCUGAUCUAGUAUGUUAGUUGAGUGCUUAUACAGACAGCACAAACAAGUGCAGAGAGUGCAUUUCCUAGCCUUAAUAUGGGAGGGGUAAUUUCCUGUAGUUCAUAGGCUUUUAUUACUGUGCAUAAAUGUUAGAAAACAUCAUUUACUAAUCAAUUUUAUGUAUUUGAAUAUUGGCAAUUGGUGUUUUUCAGUCAUUUUCUCAUCUGUACCUUAGUGUCCAAUGUCAUGCUUACUCAUUAGAGACUUCAAAAGAAAAUAAAAUUUAAAAAGCAAAAAGAAAAACCUCUGCCAUAGUACUAGUUUUGUUUCUUUAUGUAAUCUGCAUUUGGUAUUAGUGCUUGCAAUUGUAUUAAAAUCAGAAGCUGAUUUUCUGAAGGCAUACAUAAUUCAAAAGGAUGCCAUUCUUUUAUUUCAUAUCAAUAAUUUAAAUGUUGAUAUGCUAAAGAAAUUUGCACAGCACUAAAGCAUGAGCUAGUUUCAUCUAAACCUGUAAAAAAUAUAAAAGAUUUUAUAUUUUUUCACUGGGGAGGAGUUCUUCCUGGCUGAAAUUACAAAUAUGUGUAGAAUAUAUUUAAUAAAAAUCUUAUAAAAUACAUAACUAUAGAAGUUAAAUAUAGAUUGGCGUGUAGUAUAAUAGACCAAUAUUCCAUAUAAAUAGCUUUAGCCUUUAAAAACAAAAAUGAGUCACAGGUUGACAUUGUGUUCUUGUACUUAAGUGUCCACAACUCUUACAGAUGUUCCGUGUAAUCGUUUUUUCGAAUGAUCAGCAUCAUUCAAAUGUAAUCGGAUUAUUUUAUCCAUUGUUACUGCUUUGAUGAAAUGCUUUAUAUGCAGUAGAUUUACAAAAAUACUGUUCAUACUGAUCAGAAUUAAAUUUGUAUAGAGCAGAGUUUUAAAACAAAUUGUAAAUAGCACUAAACAUUUUCUUUCUGCAACCUGUACUGAUAGACUCUUCUGUAAACUAAAUAAAAGAAUAUUGUAGUGCA